UUUAGUUUAGAAUUUAAAUUGAAAGCGAGUCUUUUUUGUGUAUUCGAAAAACAAUAUUUAUUAGCGCUGCUAUUGACUUACGCAAAGUUUGUGAUUUGAAAAUUACAAUAAUAGAAAAGGACUGCAUAAAGAAAGCUCCUCUAGUGAUAUGAAUAUUUACGCUUUAAUGAAAAUCUUUGAAAAAGCGAAAUUGAUUUUCACUGUGAUGUGACUGCAAAAUCUCUUGGUUGUUGAACUCCACGAAAAUGUUGAUACUGGAUAUCUUUGAUUAGUUUCUUAGUUAUCUGGGAUUGACGCAGUUAGCAACCAAAAUAAAACAAUGAGAUGUGAUUAGAUGUGUGCGUUUGCUUCCCAAACAAAUGACAUAGUGCGGUGUAUGCAGUUGUUUCGCGUUGUGGAUGGAGGUUUCAUACAUAAAUACGAAAUGCAUUAUUUAUAGUUUUCUCUGAGGGAACUUUAGUGUGCAAUCACUUUUGGUGUAGUGCGAAUAGUGAAUAUAAUAAUGAGCGUCACUCAAGUUCAAGGAGGUUUGAGUAAACUAAAGAAAAAACACUUUAGAGUUAAACAUCAAAAAGUCAAGCUCUUUAGGGCCAAUGAACCGUUGUUGUCAGUAUUUAUGUGGGGUGUGAAUCAUACUAUUAACGAACUAAGUCAUGUUACGAUCCCGGUAAUGCUACUGCCAGAUGAUUUCCGAGCCUAUUCCAAGUUGAAAGUGGACAACCACUUGUUCAACAAGGAAAGUAUGCCCAGCCAUUUUAAAGUGAAGGAAUACUGUCCAUUAGUUUUUCGGAAUCUCAGGGAAAGGUUUGGCAUCGAUGAUGUCGACUACAAGGAAUCAAUGACACGAUCUCAGCCUGUUGCAAUUGAUUCUCCUGGAAAAAGUGGAGCAAAGUUCUACCAGUCGUAUGAUCGUUUGUUUAUAAUAAAAUCAUUAACAAGCGAGGAAGUGGAACGCAUGCAUUCAUUCUUGAAGCACUAUCAUCCUUACAUUGUGGAACGACAUGGGAAAACUCUGUUGCCUCAGUAUUUGGGAAUGUACAGACUGACAGUUGACGGAGUGGAGCAUUACCUUGUUGUCAUGAGAAACGUGUUUAGCAACCAUCUCCAAAUACACAGGAAAUUUGAUUUGAAAGGUUCCACAGUGGAUCGAGAAGCCUCUGACAAAGAAAGGGAAAAGGAUUUGCCAACACUUAAAGAUAAUGAUUUUGUCAAAGAAGGGAUGAAAAUUUACAUUGGUGAUGACGCAAAAGAGAAAUUGCUGGAAACACUAACUGCAGAUGUUGAGUUUCUCACAAAACUGCAUCUGAUGGACUAUUCACUACUCCUUGGGAUCCAUGACUGUGCAAGGGCUGAACAAGAAAAUCGAGAACGAACAGAUCAGGAAGAAGAAGAAAAUAAUGGCAUGGAAGAGGAUGAAGAUUCAGAAAGUGGAUCAGCGGUGGAGAAAGGUACUGGAGACAGAGCAUGGGGACCUUUGUCAUCUCCGCCUGAUUCGCCUCAUGCGGCACUUAUGCGAGAGUCAAGUAUUCAGUAUGAAGGUGGAAUUGUACCAGAGUUGGAUAUAUAUGCCAUACCAAGUUCAGAAGGUGCUCCCAUUAAAGAAAUUUAUUUCCUGGCUCUGAUUGAUGUGUUAACACAUUAUGGUGUCAGGAAACAGGCAGCUAAGGCUGCAAAAACUGUGAAAUAUGGAGCAAAUGUUGAUGGCAUAUCAACAUGUGAUCCAGAGCAAUAUGGGAAGAGGUUUAUUGAUUUCAUGAGCAAAGCUAUUGAGUAAAUGCCAAGAAACCAAGCCUUCAUCGCAGUUUUCCUGUGGGAGCCUUCAAAAAGAAAAUUAAGAAGAAAAAAAAAAAUAGUUCAACAGAUCUGAAACAUCGCCUUAUGAUGUGCAUUAGAAGCUAUCACGCAAGAACAGUUUCAUAUAUCUUAGCUAAUAGAGUUUCCAGUGACUUGUGUGCUGCACGCACUUCCAAAGAUUAGUGAAGAUAGAUUGACAGCUGAGGAGAUUGUCUUUGCUCUUGAAUUUGGCUGUCUUUAAAGUACCAGAAAUAUUUUCAAGUGAAAAUGCAUUAUGUUUGUUUUUGUUUUGUUAUUAGUGACAGUUUUAUAACUAAGCUUUUUAUUUUUAAAAAGCUGUUAUUUGACAUCCGUGAUGCUUUUAGAAUAACAUUUAUAAUCUUGGCACAAUAUGUCACAUUUUUAUGCAGUAGCUAAUGGACAGUGAACAGAUUUUAACAUCUUUGCAUAUCACAUCAUGCACAAACAGGACAAAGUUUCUACAUUAAAGGGCCAUAUUUUUCUGCAUCUUGAUAUACACUGUAAUAUGUAUCCAUUUAAUCAUCAUCAUCAUUAUCAAACUAUCAUCAUGAUCUUCAUGUUCAAAUCACAGUGAUGUGUGAAGCAUAAUUGUUUUCUUUCAUUAUUUCUUGUAUUCUUGACAGAGGAGGAAGGUGUGAAAUUCCAAGUGUUCAAGAAAUAAUUUUGUGAUGAUUUUCCCAGAUUUCAUUUGAAUUUUAAAUGUGUAUUAGUGGACUGAACUCAGUAUUCUAUUUGUUAUCCAUCCUUUUAGUAACUUGUGUUCUGUUAAAUGGAAACAUUCUAUGUGAAGGAAGCAUAGAAGUGUAAAAGUUGGCAGGAUGGUUCCUGCAUGCCAUAAAAGUUGAAAGUCCUGUUAGAACUGGUGAUAGCUCAUUUAUAACUAUAGUAGCCAAGUGAUAUUGUGUUUUAUACUUGUUUCUGAUGGAGAUUUUGAGUGGAAGUAAUUUAACUUGUGCUACUACCUCCUCCCCACCCCCUAUAUACAAGGGAAAAUAAUUUAUUUAUUUUGAAGAGUGAAUCAAGGUAUUUUCAUUAAAUGUUAUGGUUUUCAUAUUGUUAUUUAAUGUGGCAAUAUUUUUAGUUAUGUCCAUUUCUGAGUUUACACCAGUAAUGAUGCAUGGGGCAGUAAAGGAAUUUAAAGUUUCUUGCAAGUGUUUG